UAAAUUAUUUUCAGAUAUUAUGUCUAUGAAAAUAUAGAACACAAUAGAACAAAAUGGUGGAAAUAAGCAAACCGUUAUUCGCGCAGGCGUGCCAGAAUUUGGACUGCCAUGUUCUACUUCAUCCCUGGCAUGAGAGUUGUAUAAAAUCUAUACCUCAUACAUACAUCCAUUCAUUCAUAGGAAGCGCCAAAUUUUACUCAAUAAUUUAUGUAGCGCAAAUUAUAAUGCGAGGUAAAAAACUGAAGAAAAAAGAUGAAUGGCUCAAAAUGGGGGAGUAUUACGCGAGGUCCGUGUUGCUUGGGGGUGCUAUCUGCGCCACAUGUUGCACUUUCGGUUGCAUUUUGAGGAAAAUGUUGGGCAAUAAAUUCUACUAUUAUUCGCUAUUCCUUAUACCUAGUACAAUAAAUGGUAUAUUUAUAUAUGUUGAACCACCAAGCAGAAGAGGUCUGAUAAUCAACUUAUUUACUAGUUUGAUGUUAGAAUAUUGGAUCACGACUAUGGAGAGAGCUGGUUACUUAUCAAUGACUAAAACAAAACAAACAAUCAUGUUUAUGCUUGGCAGCUCGGUUCUUUUCUAUCUAAUGCGCUUGGAGGGUGAUAAAAAGGAACGGACGCCACUUUUUUGGUUAUUUACGCCGGAAAAAGUGAAACAGAAAACAAAUGAUGAUGAAAACCCCUGCCCACACAAUGGGCCGUGUUUGCGACAUAUCUUAAAGGGUGCUGCCACAUACUUCAGUGUAGGAUCAGCCUUUACCCUCGCGAGGGUCAUCCUGCCUAAGAUCGGAUACCCCGCCAGAGCCUUGGCUUCAGUUCAGCGCAAGCAUUUCAAAAUGGGCCUAUUCUUCGGUUCAUAUAUCGGUAUUUACAGAGCGGUUAUAUGCUACCUGUGCCGUAAACAAGGCGCAGACUCGGCGUUGUAUGCGCUGCCGGCAGGGUACCUCGCUGGAUUAUCGUUCCUAUUCAGUCCAACCUUGGGUUUUGCGACUGCAGCAGUCACAGCGGCAUUGAAACUGUAUUCAACAAUUCUCUACGAGAAGAAAAUACUGCCAGACAACAUCCCACUAGCAGAGCUGAUGUACUGCCUCUGCCAGGGAGCCCUGUUCCAUGCCCGGUUCAUGCAUCCGGAGACUGUGCCCAGCUACAUGUUCAAGCUCACGGAUGGUGUUAGCCAUGGAAGAACUGCAUUACUCUCGGACAAUCUUCAAGCAGUAGCAAAAAUGGCAUUAUCGUUAUAAUCACGGCAACGAAAUGAAGAAAUGUGGUGGUCUAAUCUAAAUAUAAUCAAGAAUGAUUGGUGAUGGUUUAGUGGACAUUGGUGGACAUGGGGAAUGGGGAUUAAACUCGAU